AGCACGCGGAACUAAACGAAUGACAAGGAGAAGAAAAGGGCGGAGAUGAUUUAAAUGGUUUCGUAAAUUAAGCCGACAAUCAGAAACAGGGCUGUCUAAGUAUGUCGUCCGAAGGACCCAACUUAGUACAGGAUGACAGCGGGAGCGGCGAUGGAGGCCACAGCAAUGAGACAAGGGGGAGAGACACUUUCAGGAAGAAGAAAUCACCCUCUAGUCAGCAAGGAAAUUGCAGGAUCCCCACCCUUUACAGGAAUUCCGUCGGGGACGGGAACAAAUAUGAAUGUUGAGUUUCACAAGUCAAGGAGAAAUUAUAGGAACAGAAGAAAAAGUCGAACCUUUCGUCUUGAGACCAUGAUUUGGCUGCGGAAUGCCAACGUAAUGUUCUCUAUGAUUUUUAUUGGCCAAGACUCACUCCCCUAUUCGUACAGUAGUAGUAGCUAUGGAAGUAGGUAAAUUUAUUGCUAGAGGUGCUAUGUUCUAGUGAGGUAAACAUUUCAAUACUAAGAAUGAAAGGAGUUCUUUAUAUACUUAAA